AUGCUUGCACAAUCGCACAUCUCAGUAAAGCAAUUCAAGAUGGUCACUCAAUACGGCAUCCAUCAGGUUUUUCUGGCUUCAACCAUAAGUCCAGCAGACCCUGUGGCUCCGAAAUCUGCCCAGAAGGAAGUACAGUAUAAACAGAAGCAGACUUUCAACACGUGUUGUCGGGGAAAUGUGAACAACAACUCUCCAAACCCGCUCCUCUUACCUGAAAGACUUCAAAGGAGUGUAGCGAAGCUGCACGAGGCACUAGUCAGCGGACUUAGCAGCAUCGUGGACACUUGGUGGACCAAUGAACAGGCUACGUUUCCCCGAAGGAUGCCACUGGAACCACAUGAAGAAGAUCUUUUACGCAUCUGUGAGAUCAACGCACGAUACUCCAUCAAUGCACAGCUCCUUGCAGCCUAUGGCUAUCAGAUAUAUGAGGAGAUGGCGGCUGAAAGAGGCUGUGUCUUUGCAGGUGCAGACGCACGAAAGUUUAUCAAAAGUCAGCUAGAUAUUUUCGAUCCGAAGUACCCAAUACAUAUCGUGCGCGACCAGUAUCGAACGCCCUACAUCGACAUGUUCGUCUCCUUUGCUGAACAAAGCGGAAGAAUUAGUGCCACUAUAAUCAAGUCAGCAGACCUUCGCUUGAUAAAGAGUGACAACUCGCAGACUGGAUAUGACCUUUACUGCCUGUCUGACAAGGACUGUCCUGACAUGGUCAGCACAGACGGUGAGCGUCUGGACCGUGUGUACCAAACCGGGCUUCAUCUAUUCCAGCAUGAACUGCGCUCCAUCCCGACAGACAUCUUGCGACACCUUGCGCUGCACUGUGUCAAUGAUUUGAGAAGCGUUCUUCUCAUUCAUGACAAGCGGAUCCUUGGGGUGCUGCUCCAAGAACUUGACAGCCUUGUCAGCAAGCAAGUCCUUACACCAGAGCAAGCAGCGAUCCUUCGGCACGGCGUCGUACCUACCAUAAACCCCGGGUCUCUGGAGCUGAGCAUUUUGAUCGACCAGCAGAGCCGAUCCCUGAUUCAUAAAGAUAAGUUCAUCAUCAAGCCGGUUCGGAGUGGUCGAGGGGACGAAAUUCUGCUCGGGAGGGAGCUGUCCGUCUCCCAAUGGGAAAGUCUUUUGCUUGAUCUUCGUGACCCUGGGCUUGAACCAGGUCGCACCAUGUAUAUCAUCCAGCCACUGAUCGAACAGCCAUUGUUCGAGCUACUCGACCAUCGUGGGGAGGUUCAAUCCAGUCCCCUUGUAGGGUCUUGCCACCUGGCCAAUGGCAGCUUCGCCGGCCUUGGAUUCUGGAGAGCCGGCGGCACGAAGAUCUGCAAUCUCAACAGUGGAGGGUUCUGGAUGCUGGGAGUGGUCGCUCGUCCAAAUUAA